AUGACCACUCACGUCACGUUAGAAGAUGCCUUGUCCAACGUGGACUUACUGGAGGAGCUGCCUCUUCCAGACCAGCAGCCAUGCAUCGAACCGCCUCCAUCCUCCAUCAUGUACCAGGCUAAUUUUGACACAAACUUUGAAGACAGAAAUGCCUUUGUGACCGGCAUCGCCAGAUACAUCGAGCAGGCGACGGUGCACUCCAGCAUGAAUGAAAUGCUGGAAGAAGGCCACGAGUAUGCCGUGAUGCUUUAUACGUGGAGGAGCUGCUCACGAGCCAUCCCCCAGGUGAAAUGUAAUGAACAGCCAAACCGAGUGGAGAUUUAUGAGAAGACAGUGGAAGUCCUGGAGCCAGAAGUCACCAAGCUUAUGAAGUUCAUGUAUUUUCAGCGCAAGGCUAUCGAGCGGUUCUGCAGCGAGGUGAAGCGCCUGUGCCACGCUGAGCGGAGGAAGGACUUCGUCUCCGAGGCCUAUCUCCUCACGCUGGGCAAGUUCAUUAACAUGUUUGCUGUCCUGGAUGAGCUGAAGAACAUGAAGUGCAGCGUCAAAAAUGACCAUUCCGCCUACAAAAGAGCUGCCCAGUUUCUGCGGAAGAUGGCAGACCCUCAGUCCAUCCAAGAGUCCCAGAACCUCUCCAUGUUCCUGGCAAACCACAACCGCAUCACACAGUGUCUGCACCAACAACUAGAGGUUAUCCCUGGCUAUGAGGAAUUGCUAGCUGAUAUUGUCAACAUCUGUGUGGAUUACUAUGAAAACAAGAUGUACCUCACUCCCAGUGAGAAACACAUGCUCUUAAAGGUGAUGGGGUUUGGCCUGUAUCUCAUGGAUGGGAAUGUCAGCAACAUUUACAAGUUGGACGCCAAGAAGAGAAUCAACCUUAGCAAAAUAGACAAAUUCUUCAAGCAGCUGCAGGUGGUUCCUUUAUUCGGCGAUAUGCAGAUAGAACUGGCCAGAUACAUUAAGACCAGUGCUCACUAUGAGGAGAACAAAUCCAAGUGGACGUGCACGCAGAGCAGCAUAAGUCCCCAGUACAACAUCUGUGAGCAGAUGGUCCAGAUCCGAGACGACCACAUCCGCUUCAUCUCGGAGCUCGCUCGCUACAGCAACAGCGAGGUGGUCACUGGCUCAGGACUGGACAGCCAGAAAUCAGAUGAAGAAUACAGGGAGCUCUUUGAUCUCGCUUUACGGGGACUGCAGCUGCUGUCCAAGUGGAGUGCCCACGUCAUGGAAGUGUACUCUUGGAAGCUGGUUCAUCCCACAGAUAAAUUCUGUAACAAGGAUUGCCCAGGAACAGCAGAAGAGUAUGAGAGAGCCACCCGGUACAACUACACCAGUGAAGAGAAGUUUGCCUUUGUGGAGGUAAUUGCCAUGAUAAAAGGUCUGCAAGUGCUGAUGGGCCGGAUGGAGAGUGUCUUCAACCAAGCCAUCCGCAACACUAUCUAUGCAGCCCUGCAGGACUUUGCCCAGGUGACCCUGCGAGAGCCGCUCAGGCAGGCGGUCAGGAAGAAGAAGAACGUUCUGAUCAGUGUCCUUCAGGCAAUUCGGAAGACUAUCUGUGACUGGGAGGGAGGUCGAGAACCUCCAAAUGAUCCUUGCCUGAGAGGUGAGAAGGAUCCUAAAGGUGGAUUUGAUAUUAAAGUCCCACGACGAGCAGUAGGACCAUCAAGUACGCAGGUAUGUAGAUGUCCAUCUCCUCAUGUCAACUUUCUUCCCAAGCUGUACAUGGUGCGGACCAUGCUGGAGUCCCUCAUAGCAGACAAGAGUGGCUCAAAGAAGACUCUGAGGAGCAGCUUGGAUGGGCCGAUAGUCCUGGCCAUUGAAGAAUUCCACAAGCAGUCCUUCUUCUUCACCCACCUUCUCAACAUCAGUGAAGCGCUGCAGCAGUGCUGCGACCUGUCCCAGCUCUGGUUCCGGGAAUUCUUCCUGGAGCUGACCAUGGGCCGCCGCAUCCAGUUCCCCAUCGAAAUGUCCAUGCCCUGGAUCCUCACGGACCAUAUUCUGGAAACCAAAGAACCCUCCAUGAUGGAGUACGUACUGUACCCCUUGGACCUCUAUAAUGACAGCGCAUACUAUGCCUUGACCAAGUUCAAAAAACAGUUCCUAUACGAUGAAAUUGAAGCUGAAGUGAAUUUGUGCUUUGAUCAAUUUGUGUACAAGCUGGCAGAUCAGAUCUUUGCCUAUUAUAAAGCAAUGGCUGGCAGUGUUUUAUUGGACAAACGUUUCCGGGCUGAAUGUAAGAAUUAUGGGGUGAUUAUUCCAUACCCACCAUCCAACCGCUACGAAACACUGCUCAAGCAGAGGCAUGUCCAGUUGCUGGGUAGAUCAAUUGACCUGAACAGGCUCAUUACCCAGCGUAUCUCAGCAGCGAUGUACAAGUCGUUAGACCAGGCCAUUAGCCGCUUUGAGAGCGAGGACCUGACAUCCAUAGUGGAACUGGAGUGGCUCUUGGAAAUAAAUCGCCUGACUCACAGGUUACUGUGCAAGCACAUGACGUUGGACAGCUUUGAUGCCAUGUUCCGGGAGGCCAACCACAACGUCUCCGCGCCCUAUGGGCGCAUCACCCUCCACGUCUUCUGGGAGCUCAACUUUGACUUUCUACCCAACUACUGCUACAAUGGAUCCACCAACAGGUUUGUGAGGACAGCAAUUCCCUUCACGCAGGAACCCCAGCGGGACAAGCCAGCCAAUGUUCAGCCGUAUUACCUCUACGGAUCCAAGCCUCUCAACAUUGCCUACAGUCACAUCUAUAGCUCCUACCGCAAUUUUGUGGGACCACCUCAUUUCAAGACUAUCUGCAGGCUUCUUGGCUAUCAAGGCAUCGCGGUGGUCAUGGAAGAGCUGUUGAAGAUCGUCAAGAGCCUGCUACAAGGCACCAUCCUGCAGUAUGUGAAGACUCUGAUCGAAGUAAUGCCCAAGAUAUGCCGCUUGCCAAGACAUGAAUAUGGCUCUCCAGGAAUCCUGGAGUUUUUCCACCAUCAGCUGAAGGACAUCAUUGAGUACGCAGAGCUGAAGACCGAUGUGUUCCAGAGCCUCAGAGAAGUGGGCAAUGCCAUUCUCUUCUGCCUCCUUAUCGAGCAGGCUUUGUCCCAGGAAGAAGUUUGUGAUUUGCUGCAUGCUGCUCCCUUCCAAAAUAUUUUGCCCAGGGUCUACAUCAAAGAAGGAGAACGCUUGGAGGUGCGCAUGAAGCGUCUCGAAGCCAAGUAUGCCCCACUUCACCUGGUUCCCUUAAUAGAGAGGCUGGGCACUCCGCAGCAAAUAGCUAUCGCCCGGGAGGGUGACUUGCUGACCAAGGAGCGGUUAUGCUGCGGGCUGUCCAUGUUCGAGGUGAUCCUGACGCGAAUUAGGAGCUACCUGCAGGACCCGAUCUGGCGUGGGCCGCCCCCGACAAACGGGGUCAUGCACGUGGACGAGUGCGUGGAGUUUCACCGGCUCUGGAGUGCCAUGCAGUUUGUGUACUGCAUCCCCGUGGGCACCAACGAGUUCACUGCAGAGCAGUGCUUUGGAGAUGGUCUGAACUGGGCAGGUUGCUCUAUUAUUGUUCUCCUUGGACAGCAACGGCGCUUUGACCUCUUUGACUUCUGCUACCACCUGCUGAAGGUGCAGAGGCAGGAUGGGAAGGAUGAAAUCAUAAAAAACGUGCCCUUGAAGAAGAUGGCCGACAGGAUCAGGAAAUAUCAGAUCCUGAACAACGAGAUUUUUGCCAUCCUGAACAAGUACAUGAAGUCAGUGGAAACAGACAGUUCCACAGUGGAGCACGUGCGCUGCUUCCAGCCCCCAAUCCACCAGUCGCUGGCCACCACCUGCUAG